AUGUCGGACGGUCACCGUAUCAGAGAGGCCGCUGGGAUGUUACUCGAGAUUAAAGAGUCUAGACAUGCGGUCAACGGUAACUAUAAUGAAUUUGCCAAGCAACGUGGCGAACUGAACGCGCCCAGCCCACUGUUACAACUCCCGCUCCAGUUUGCAUGGACUGCAGCUACUACCAUCAUGAUCAUCUCUGGGGGAACCACAACUGCUCUCAGGCCUGCUAUAUUGGUUGCGCGCCUGCACAAAGCAAGACUUAUUGGUAGCGGUCUGAUCAAAGACAGGCCUGCCGAUGCGAUCUUUCGGGACCAUUCGUUGAUCUGCGACGACAAUUUCUCGCACUGCAACCGUCCAGGAGCUUCCCACCUGGCUCUAGGGAAGACUAACAUAAAAUCAACGUUUUACGGGCUUAUAUCGAGAACAAAAGCUCCCUUUCAAAAGUCCACGGCGGCCUGGUUUGCUGAAGUGCCAUAUUGGGUUUUAUUUUCUCUGGACGCAUCUCUGAAGAGUCUAUUUCGGCUGCCAAAUGUUGACAAGAACAAGGCACGUGUAUUACCUCACUUACAGCAGAAGUCAAGACCUCCACCACCGCUCGUCUAUUUACUUGUGGAGCUGGACAAACAACUGUUCAGGGCCCCGCCCUUUACGAUACUGUUCGGGCGGAACAAGGGCGGAAUACCCUUAGAAUGGCGAGGGACUCGGGAGUCCGCUGCCAGUUCUGACAACGCCCCUGAGCUCAGCUCACGACUGUCGCACAUUUUUUGUAGAUUAUAA